GAGCAAAUCGCUUGUGUUACUGAACAUCACAUCGCAUCGCAGAAAUUUCGCUCAAGAAUGGCGGCAAUCUCGUCGCAGUCUCAGGCCGCCGCUGUCGGACGAUCACUCGCGGUCGCAGCUGGCGGAUUUGCAGCCUUGGCAUCAGUUAUGGGCAAGCUGGCCACACACUCACCAGCAGUCUCUGCGGCGGUGGCCGAGGGUGAUGGCGCUGGCAGUUCUGCAGGUGAAACAUGGUCGCACCUGAUCGCGGCGCUGCUCCACCGAGGCGUCAGUCUCGCAUGGCCGACAUGGUGCGUAUUGGCAACCUGGGCAGGAUCUGUGGAUUGGGCGCGACCGUUGUGUCCGUUGGAUCAGGUCACCGAUCAAGAUUGCAUUUCAAUUCAGACAAUGAGCAACAUGCUGCAGACUGUCGUCGGAUUUGCGCUUGUGAUUCUCUGCAACGCGCUAAUGUGGACACUGUUCUCCACUGCUCUAUCCAAGUGCAAAACAUCGCUCGAAGCGACUGCAUUAAGCAUGGUUUCCAACUUUUGCUUGUCGGCCAUCCUCGGGCAUUUGUUUUUCAGUGAACCGCUGCCAGUACAGUGGUGGAUCGGGACGUGCGCCAUUUUGAUCGGCGCGCUGAUCAUUUCGUCCGAUCGUGACUCGACACAGCCGCCUCCUGCACCACGGCGCGAAUCAUGACAAUAAAGCAAAAAGCAAAUGUCUCGAUAGUAACAAAGCAAAGUGACAAACCCGACCAGAUCUUUCCGCGAAUCUGAGAAUCCACGGCACACCCUU